UCUCAGCUGAGUGUCGGUGCGGUGGUGCUGUAGACGUGUUUCCUCUUGAGGUGAAGUCUUAUCGUUUCAUUAUAUUGAGACACCCUGGGGAAUAAGCUGACUGUUAUUCCCCAUGGAUCUCUGAAGAAAAUAUCACUGCCUGUCACUGAUAACAAACUUAUAUUUAUGAAAAAAAUGAACUGAAAUGUUUUGUUCUUGCUGAACAAGUAUUCGCCAAAGAUUUUGGAGAGAAAUAGGAGAUAACAGCAACAACAGUGUUUGUUAAACAAUAGUCAAUAGAAAAUGGGACAUCUUGUAGAGCAAUCUGAGGUGGCAGCCAUUGAAACCCAAGUGAGCAAGGCAACCACAACUUCUGCAACAGCAUCAUCUCCCCAACAGACACAGCAAGUGCAGCUGGGCCCAGUGCACCUAUCACAAGCACAGCAGCAGCAGCAGGGGGAGCAACAGAGGCAGAGUGGUAGGGGCGAGGGGCAAGCUGGACAGGGACAGAACCAUCUGGCUCACACUCUGUCCUGCCAUGUUCCACGUCACUCACUCGCCAAACACUCACAACUCCAGCAGAGAGUUGAUGAGACUGAGGGAGAAAAAGGUGAGAAUAAUGAGGAAGAAGGGAAUGAAGAAGAGGAGAACGGAUGGUGGGCAGAGCGGGUAGUGGGUGUGCUGGGCGGCCUGGGUGACUAUGGUGACACCUGGUACCGUAGCCAUGCCCACCUCCUCCAUGGUGAUGGCCCCUUACCCCACACCUGGCGUCUCUAUGUUGCUGCUCUGGCUGUGUGUCGCCAUGAAGUUGGGUGGUUGAUGCAAGCACUGCUCACAGACUUUCGUAAUUCUGGAGGAGAUAUUCGUUGGAUUGCUGGAUUACAUCAUGCCCCACCUAAAAUUUUUGCACUGGUCCCUAUUAAUAACCUAUUAGCACAUCGUCCUUGGCUUCUUAUGCCACAACAUAUUCAGGAAUUAACAAAAGGUGAAGAAAGCUGGUCUCUUGGUGAACUCUGCCAGGCUCUCUGUAUCAUGACCCACUUCCAUGCCCUGGCUACCUUUCUACAUGGCUGUGGACUCUCUAACCCUCCCAGAUCUUCAAAGAAAGAUGAAGGACAAGUGGUUGAAAGAGAAGACUGCAGCAAUGGUAAACCUACCACAACAGCUUUGCAAAGCAGACAGGGUUGUCCAGAACCUCCCCAUGGUACCAACUCCAAUGUAAACUGCAAAUUGAUCUCCAGAUCACAAACUAAAAAGGGUAAAGCAGGAGACAGUACCAGACAUGGAAUACGAGCAUAUGCUCACCUUACAGUAAAUCCAACCUUAACCUAUGAAGACUUUAAUGGCAAUGAUGAAUCCCGCAUCCCAUCUUUUUCUGUCCAUGAGUACAAUUGGCAAGAUCAUGGAUAUGCAAUGUGCUCACGGCUUUUAGGAGAGGUUGGUGCCUUCCUAGAUGAACGCUUCACAUCAGCCCUCUCAUCAACCCAUUUAAGUCCUCAAAAACAGCCUCCCAAGAAAGGAAAUGUAAAUCAAGAAACUAUUCCAGUGUCAGGUCAGACUCAGUGUGACAAAACACAUGCGAAGACCUUGCCACUCCCAACAAAAGCUCUGUGGAAUUAUGUCCAGUGGUUGUUAGGUAUACACCAUGAUGACUGUGAUUAUGCUGACCUGAAUAAACAUUUGGAUCCUCAAGUUAAGGCAUUUGUUAAGGCAGCUUGUUGUUAUCCAGAGAGCCUUGCUGAUGUUCACUCAAGUCCUUCAUCCACAAACAGUGUCCAAGCUCACAUGAUUGAGACCAGUGUAGUAGUUAUGGAAGCUCGUCUUCAGUCUGAACUUCUCUACGCCCUCCGAGCCGUCAUGCUACAUCAGUGUUGAUGUGUCAGCACUGAUGUGAUAUUACAAAUCCUUAAGAGAAUAAUAUAUGGUAUCUUUGUUCUGACUAGUUCUUGUUGCCAUUGAAAUUAGUUAAGUAACGUGUCAUGGAUUUUAUAUCUGUGAAUUUUUGUGCUACCCUUGAAUCUCUUCAUGUUGAGUAUUUUUAAUGUAAUGGAUAGUUGUUAAGGGCGGACAGAGAAGCUGUAAUAAUAUUCUUGGCUUUAUGUGGAGGAAGGAAUUAAUUAUGUAGUAAAUACAUGAGCCCAAAACAUUAAUUUUUCUUGUGUUCUUUAACGUGAAUCAUUUUCAAAAGUAACAGUUAUUUUAACUCCGGUUUUAAAGUGAAAACUUAUUGAAACAAAUACAGUAUAUACAGUAAGAACAAAUUAUUUCUGUAAAAAAUGGAAACAUUGUUAGUCUUACUUUAAUCUUUUGAAAACUAUUCAGCUUAAAUGGCAUUAGAAAAUAUUUUAACGCUGAUCUCAUGGUAAAGAUUUGUUAGGCACCCGGUAAUAUUUAACUUUUAUCUGUUAGUCUAUAAUGUAAUUGAGUUCUUGGUUCAGACCAACUAGUCAUAUGAUUAUUUUUUCUCCUUUUGAGGUAAUCUGAGCAGUUAAUUAUAAUUUUAUAUGAAACUUAGCCUUUACUUUGCGAGUUCUAUAUUUCAAGACAACUAUUUGUACAACUUUGAUAGUUUGUUUACAUAUAUUACAAAGAGGAAGCUUUUAAAGGGGAAACAAAAGUUACUCUUUCAUUAAAUAAUAUUAAAAAAAAUUUUUUUAAUAAGGUUUACAAAUUUUUUUGUACCUGAUUUUCAGGUCAUUUUAUAGUUGUUGUCUUUCAGUUCUAAAACAUUGUGUGAUCCAAGCUUACGGUAAGUACAUCCAAGGAACACAGACAUUAUGUAAAGAAUGCAAAUGUAGAUAUAUAUACCUUUAUCUCUAUAUAAAGCCUUUUUAUAUAGCCACAUAAAAACAUCUUCCAUGAAAGAAAUUUUCCAACAUUUGUACCUUUUACUGUCUCCAGUUUACUCACACAUAUGAAUAUUCUUACCACCUGUUUAACUGUAAGACUGAAGAAUCGAAGAUUGCUUUAAAAUUCAGUAGUUGAAUACCAAUAGUAACUGAGCAGAAUUAGUUAGUAAAGUACAGUAUUACAGGAAGAGAACAAUUCUGAUGUUUAUUCUUCCUCGUCUACUUAGCUUUCUGCGUACAUGCAGAAUAAUGUUGUGUGAAGGUUUUCUGUGUUACUGGGAGACCAUGCCCAUAUUGUGAUAUAUAUAUUACUAUACAUAUUUAAUAAGAAUGGAAUAUUUUACUCCUCCGAGGAAUAUGCCUUCUCUAUAUUAAAUUUUCACAUUUUACAUUAUCAUUCCACAAUGAACAGUAGAAUACAGGACAGUAUAGAAUAAGACUAUAAGAUAAGGCAAUACUUUAAAGGAUUCACUCAGGAAUUAUCUUAAAAAUGUACAAAAUACUGAUAAAAAAAUAUAAAUCUUAAUCCCAGACCUGAAAUAUGCUUACCGGGUAAUUAUCUUUUUAAAGAAAUUAGUUUCCUUCAGAGGAGCAUGUGAAAUCUAUUAGGAGUUCUUAUAUACUGUAUACAGUAUAUUGUAUCCAAAUGGAAUAAGGGAGGUUAUACAGUAUAUUGGCUGAAUCUGCACUGUAAUGUCAGGAAUUAACUAAAUAUUUUGUAAUUACUGUUUGCAUUAAUGAUUAAGACCAUUAUUUACAGUAAAAUUAUCUUGCAUACUGUAGUAAAAAAAAGCAAGAAAUGUUUGACAUUUUUACUGUCAGGUAUUCCACAAAUUGGAUGGUCUUGACAGAGAGAGCUGAUGAAGAGACAUUGAGGAUUUGAAUGCAAUUUCGUGGGUAGAAAACAGAAUCACAAAUAUUAUAUAAAUAUCGGUAUAAAAUACUGUGAAGCAACGGGGUUAAACCAGUUUUGGAGACUUGUUGUGGUAAGGGAGUAUCAUUGCUGAACACAUCUUUUACUGCAGCGAGAAUGAAUUAAGAGAAUAUGUGUAUUGUAUAUGCUUUAGUUGCUUUUGUAUCUGGCCACCAUGCAUUCUUGUACUAACACUCUUGGGUUUGGGUAGGAGUUCUCCUGUGAGACACUUGGGGUCUGGCCUGUUACUCUACUCACCUCACUCCACUUGACUGAGCCACACAAGAGAUAAUUGUGCAUAAUGAGUCAUAGCAAGGUUGCUAUUUGAGAUGAAAAGGUGGGAUUUGUUGGAUUAAUAUUGUAAAUAAUUUAUCUACAAGCACUUUUGUAAAGGUGAUCACGAUAAAAUAAUUAUUUUUAUACGUGAGGGCGAGUAGAACACAACAUUUUUGUUUACGCUUAAUAUAAAUGUUUAUACAUCACUUUAUACCUUUGUUUUUUCAUGUGAUUGCAAUGUGAAUCUUAUUCCAUUAUAAAGUAUACAUAUUUAUGAAUAAAUAGUUUUACAGGAAAAGUUGUGAAAAAAUUAAUAUUAAUUAAUAUUUUGCUUGGGAAAGGCAUCAGGAGGCACUACACUUUCACUAUAUGGUGCAAUCUCUUUGCAAUUUUUACACCCCCCCCCGUCUUGUUAGCAACACGAGGCAUGGUUCAAAACUCUCACAACACUGUUAUAAAUAAAUUAAAUCAUUGUGAUGCACGAGAAAACAGCACAAGACGCAACAAAAUGCAUGGGAAAUGUAAGUCAACCUAAUAUCCUGGGUCCUUUAAACACAACUGGGAGACUGGUGUAGUGACCUUGGAAUGCAGUCUACAUAGUUGCCAAAUGUACGUCUUGCGUCUCUAGCAUUCAUACGCAAAAAAAUUAUUUUAUUUUAAUUUUAUUUUUACUUCAUACGCAAAUUUGCGUAUGCACACUAUAAACCCACAUAUCUGGAUAAUAGAGAAUGUUCUCUUAAUGGACUAAAUUUUCCCUUAAUUUAGCAUUUCUGGUUUUAAUUGUGCAGUCAUUAAUGUCGUCAUCAUCAACAUCAUUAAACCCAAAUUUGGGACCCACUGGGCUCCAUGUCCUUGUAAGAUCCAGUAUCAAGGUAAAAGGAUAUUGAACCUAAAUCUCAAUUUGCCAAUAAGUUUGGGGACCAGUAGGACAUACGUAAGUUAUAACUUUAAUGGAAAAUGAAGGUUGAGCUCAAAACUAAGGAUGACAAUAAGUUGAGACACAGUACAGGGCCAAAUCUUCAUGUUUCUCUGAACACACGGUCUUAUUAGCUCACAGCCCAACGAGCCCCAUAGCUUAUUAAGACUCAAUAAAGUGAAAAAUAAAGUUUUAGUCCAAUGUUCCAUAAAGUUUUGGGUCCAUCAAGCCCCAUUUCCUAAUAAAAGUUAGUGCAAUAUUAAUGUAAAAUACUAUAAUGAUUGGGCUAAACUUUAAUCGGUGUGUACUAAAAAUUUGAUGCCUCCAUGCCUUGACCUUUAGCUGCUAUAUACCAGCAGGCUACCAAGAUUUUGGUGUAAAUUUUUUAAAUUGUGUGUCAAGUAAUGCCUCUAGGUAGUCCAACACCAUCCCUAGACUCCUAGCAUCUCUGUACAAUACACACACAGUUGUCAGGGAGGAAGUACAUUCAUCUAUGUCUCUUAGUGACCCACAAUCAUUCAUUUCACCAUGGCUGAAUCAUACUAGAUAAAUUAUUUACUUUUUUGUUUCCCAUUAGCCUGCAUGCUUAUCUUUAUUUUGUGAGAUGAAAAUACUCUAUAUUUUAUUUAAGAACUUUCAUUUCCUGUGAAAAUGGUGCUUAUAGUGCGCAACAAAUUUGUCACAAGCCCCAGGUGGAGGGUUAAGACCUAUAUGUUAUGGCAAAUGAAAAUUUACCCUAAAUCUUAUGUCAUUAAAUAUCACUUUUAUUAGGACUUGGGGUCAUUUAAAUCCUAUCAGCUAAUAGGCACCUUACUUGGUGGCACAUUCAUGUACUGUGCAGUAAAAACUCACUUUUUUUUUCCCAGAUAUGUAUGUUUCCAUAAAAGAAUUGUAUAAUUGGACAAACUCAAAUUCAUUAUAUACUGGGAAAUCACAUGUCUAACUCAUCUAACAUCAUUUAUAUGCUAAAAUGCAAACUUUAACAUUAUAUAGGUUUACGAGUUGAUGUAUUAAUUAUUUACAAGUAUUUCUCUGACAAGGCUGGUAAAUGUAUAAUACAUUCCACCAACAACCCCACACUUCCCACUGCUCCUUAUACAGUACGUAUAGUGACCUUUCAUUCCCCUCAUAUAGUCAAUUAAUGUAAUAUUGUGGUACAAUAACAGCUUUAGUGCAGUGUACAUUAUUUGAUGUAGAUUAGGCUGUAAUUAAUGAUGUGAGAUAUUGGUGCCUCUCACCAUGGGAGUGCUAUGUGAAUAUGGCACGGAAACUGUCUUGGUCCACAGAGACGAGUGUAAAUGCAAUGAUAAAAAUAGCCAUGUGUUUGAUUUUUGCCUUGAUGUGAAUCACGUCACAUCAAGUCCAGGUUAACAAUGGUUACUGUGCAUAUUAGAUAUUAUCAAGAUCAAUUAGAUCCUAUUGUGGAAAGUUUUUAAAACAUAGAAGUCUCUCUCUUGUGGUGGCCCUCAUGAAUCUGCUUAUCGUUGACUUCUGGUAAGUGAAGAACAUAUAUAUGUGUGUGUGGUUGCAAGUGCUGUAUGUAACUUAUUUAUUAUAUUUCCAAAAUCUUUAUAAUUUUAACAUUACCACUAUAAAAUGCACUUCUUAAAAAGGUUUUCAUUAGUCUCUUGUAAUUUGUCAAACAUAUUUUCAAACAUAAAAAAUUUUAAUACUUGUACCCAUCAAAAAAUGUGUUCUUGACAGUAUUGUUACAGGGUGAUUAUUUUAUGUAUGUCUAGGCGAUCCUUUUUAGCACCUUAAAUUGCAAAACAUUCAUCUACAUAUUUACACAACCUCAUUCAGUCUGUUUACAGGAAUAUCUUGGUGAUUUCUAUGUAGAAGGCUGCAUUAUUAUGUAUAUGGAUCACUGUACAGUACUUGGAUAAAAUCCUCUUCAUAGAGCUUCUAUAAGGAAGGCUAAGUACAGUAUAAUGUACAUGUUUAUACUUGUACGUGCUUUGUAGGUGACAAAUAUAUAGUCAUGGUAAGGAGGCAAUAUAUAUUUACUUAUAAAAUGUCUUAGUGUGACAAUACUGUAUAUUUACAAGGAAAACCUCUCAUGGUGGUGAUAUAUUUAUACAGCCAACCUGUAUGUGAUAAAGUGUAUGUUAAGAUAACUUGCUUAAUGCUUACAUUUUCCUUACUUCUAAGCACCAUUUCAGCCGGCUAAGUCCUCCAUUUUCAGUUCUGUACAAAUAGAAUUAUAUACAAUGGUAAAGCAAACCUCUUGCUUUUUAUUUAAAUUUAUUGGAGUCUAGCUGAUAUUAAUUAGUUUUAUGAUUUUGUUUUUAAAUUUUUUAGGCACUGUUAUACCCCUGAGAUCUUUGGAGUAAUAUUUGAUGAAUAAUGGAAGAAAAUGUAAAAAAAUUGGUUAAAUUAAAAUAUUUAACUUGUGGGCAUUUUGAUACAAAUACAGUACAGUUUACAGUAGUAUAUGUAUUUAAAUAGGUGUCUUAAGGUUACUGUACUUUACAAAUGAGGCAAUGUUUUCUUUGACUGCUGAUGUCUGAGAGAAUAAGCUAAAAGCCAAAUGGAUAACUUUUAGUUUGUUACUAUUUUUUAUUAAAUAACAUGAAUAUUAAAAAGUAUUGUUUCAGUCUCUUCUGUGGUGGUUCUAUAGUACAGUACAAUAUUAAUAUUUUGUUAUACGGUACAUGAUUUCUUGAAGUCCGCAACCAAAAAUCAAUGUGAUGAGUAAAUACUGCCAAUGUAUAAUUAUAGAAGAGGUACAAUUCAUGUAAGUAUGGUCUUAAGUCAGUGUAUCAUUGUGUUCAUAGUACAGUACAGUGCAUUAUAGUACAGUACAGUACAUGCCUUUUAAAUGUAAAACAGGGUUCAUAAGCUUUACCUGUUUGUGAACAAUAAUUCCUCCCAACAGAGAAUACUGUUAAAAAAAAUAAUUAAAUCUUUGUUUGAUUAGUGUCUGCAGUAUUAAAUAUAAAGAUGGAAGUUUCAGAGUUAAUGUAUAUUUAGCAGCAGUGUGUUGUGGGCAAGAGUAAGAACAUUAUUAGUACAGGGUAAUGCCAUGCAAGUUUAAAUGUUGUUAAUUUAGUGAUAAAAAUUGAAAAGAAUCUGAAAAGGAAAUGUAAGAGAUAUACCGAGUGUGACUGAAGUAUGCUGUGCUCCAGAGGAAAUGACACAAAGGUACAAGGUAGCUGAUGAUUGAUGAUGCCCACAAAUUUUUGAAUUUAUACCAUGUGCAGUAGUAAUUGCUUAAAGUGUAAAAUGCUAAGAUAUUAAAUGAGGUUUAAUAGAUACUAGUGAGAGUCUUGUACACAAUAUGUUCUCUUAUUCAAGUGCUGUCAUGUAUAACAAGUACUGUCUUAUGUAACAAACCCACACAAUGUAAGUCAUUUAAAAGGCAAUAAGAAUACUGGUUUACUUUU